UCAUUCGAUAAUGUUUUCACGGUACAAAAUCUUAGACAAACUCGUCUCAGUGCGAAUUGGGAUUUUUUGGUAAGGAUUCCCGAAAGACUUCCUGAUAAAUUUAUAUGUCUUCAAGGAGACCUUCAAGCUUCCUUGUUUUACAAGGGUGUUACUCUUGUUACUUCCUCCAAACAAAUAACUGAAGAAGAAGAAGAAAAAAAC